AUGAGCGAUAUGCUCAAGGAGCGCGUCCCCUUUGUGGCCCCCGUGCAGACCGCGGGCCUGCCGGUGGAGAAGUGGCUGGGAGACAUCGAGACCAACAUGGUCGAGACGCUGCGCGCGGUGACGAGGGCGUCCUGGCAGGCGUAUCCUGAGGACGGAGCUGCCCGCAAGGAGUGGCUGUUCGGCGACUUCCCCUCGCAGACCGUCCUGGCCGUGGACCAGAUCAUGUGGACCAAGUGCGCGGAGGACGCGCUGAAUCUCGUCGAGGGCGGCGACGAGCACGCGAUGCGGGGCAACAUCGCCUUCACACGGCGGCAGCUCGAGGACAGCGUGAAGAUAGUGAGGCUCGACCUCACGAAGCUCCAGCGCGUGAUGAUGGGUGCCUUGAUCGUCCUAGAUGUCCACGGCAUCUCGGUCCUGGAGAACCUGCAGGAGGCCAAGUGCAGGUCCACCAACGACUUCGACUGGAGCAAGCAGCUCCGGUACUACUGGGUCCUCGAAGACACGCGGCUCUCGGAUGGCAGGAGCACCACCGACGACUGCGUCGUCAAGCAGACCAUCGCUGCCAUGCGGUACUCUUUCGAGUACCUGGGCAACACUCCUCGCCUGGUCGUGACGCCCCUGACGGACAAGUGCUACAUGACGCUCACCGGGGCGAUGCACCUGAACUACGGGGGCGCACCGGCCGGGCCCGCGGGCACCGGGAAGACGGAGACGACGAAAGAUCUGGGCAAGGCUCUGGCGGUGCCCGUCGUCGUCUUCAACUGCUCCGACGGCCUGGACUACAAGAUCAUGGGGCGCUUCUUCUCUGGGCUGGCGCAGGCGGGCGCCUGGGCCUGCUUCGACGAGUUCAACCGCAUUCAGGUGGAGGUGCUCAGCGUCAUCGCGCAGCAGAUGCUGACGGUCACCCAUGCCAUCCGCGCGCGCAAGGAGCAGUUCGAGUUCGUCGGCCGGGAGAUCCCCUUGAACCCCAGGUUCGGGGUCUUCAUCACCAUGAACCCGGGCUACGCUGGACGAGCGGAGCUGCCCGACAACCUCAAGUCCCUCUUCCGCCCGGUGGCGAUGAUGGUGCCGAACUACGAGCUGAUUGCCGAAAUCCUGCUGUACUCGGAGAGCUUUGGGAACGCCACGCAGCUCGCGCGGAAGAUGGUGAACCUCUACACGCUGUCCAGCGAGCAGCUGUCCAAGCAGGACCACUACGACUUCGGCAUGCGUGCGGUGAAGUCGGUGCUGGUCAUGGCCGGACAGCUCAAGCGGAAGUACCCGGAUCUGCCUGAGGAUGUGACCCUCAUCCGCGCAUUGCGCGACUCGAAUGUCCCGAAGUUCUUGUCGUUCGAUCUGCCGCUGUUCUUCGGCAUCAUCACCGAUCUGUACCCCGAGGCGGAGGUGCCCUACGUGGACUACGGAGACCUGCAGACCGAGAUCGAGAACCAGCUGCGCCUGGCCCACCUCCAGGUGGUGCCCGCUUUUGUCGGGAAGAUCAUCCAGCUGCUCGAAACGCAGCUGGUGAGGCACGGCGUUAUGGUCGUCGGCGACUCGCAGAUCGGCAAGUCUGCGAACAUCACCACUCUCUCCAAGGCCCUGACCCAGCUUCGGAAGGACGGGUCGAGUGACCCUGCCCACCAGCUUACAAAGCUUUUCUCGCUGAACCCGAAAAGCAUCACCAUGGAGGAACUCUACGGGUCGUUCAACAUGAACACAGGCGAAUGGACAGACGGCCUUGUGGCCAUCCUGGUUCGAGAGGCCGUCAGUGACACGACCGAGAACAAGAAGUGGGUCGUCUUCGACGGUCCCGUGGACGCCAUCUGGAUCGAGAACAUGAAUACGGUGCUAGACGAUAACAAGAUGCUCUGCCUCGCCAACGGUGAGCGCAUUAAGCUUCCACCCACUAUGACGAUGCUGUUUGAGGUCGGGGACCUCAAAGUGGCCUCCCCCGCCACAGUGAGCCGCUGUGGCAUGGUCUUCUUGGAGCCGGUGCACCUUGGUUGGAAGCCGCUGAUUACUAGUUGGGGCGAGAGGUUCAAGGCCAGGCAGCCCCUCUACGCAGACACUCUGCGCAAGUGGUGCCUCGACAUCUGUGAGGCUGCGCUGCCAUUCAUCCGCGAGGAGUGCAAGGAGGCGCCAGGAAUCCCGUCGACGGAUUCCAACCUCGUCACAUCGUUCCUGAGGAUGCUGGAGUGCUUCGUCAGCUCGCGGUACGGCUUCCCGCCAGAGGGCGCAGCCGAGGGUGCUGGCGCGCAGAAGGACAAGCAGCUGGUGGCGUUGAGCCGCAUGUACUGUGUCUUCUGCGCGGUCUGGUCGCUGGGGGGUAACCUGCACGAGAGCUCACGCCAGAAGUUCCAGGACUUCCUGCGCGGCAAGGUGGAGAAGUUUUGCCCAGAGACUCCGCAGAGCGCCGACCUGUACAGCGUCUGCGUGGACCACGACAGAAGUGCCUUCGUGCCAAUCACCGAGGCGGUGCCCGCGUUCGAGUUCGUCGCGGGUGUACCGUUCUUCAACAUAUUGGUGCCGACCGUCGAAACCACGUUGCAGCGGUUGCUCUUGGAGAGCCUGAUGCACGGGGGCUUCAACACCUUGUUCACUGGCGAGACGGGCGUGGGCAAGUCCGUCGGCAUCCAGCAGUUCCUGAACAGUGCUGGCGAGUCGUUCGCCGUAGCGAGCGCCAACUUCUCGGCACAGACGUCCUCUGCGAACAUCGUAGACUUCCUGGAGAACCGAUUGGAGCGCAAGCGCAAGAACCUGCUUGGUGCGCCUCCAGGAACGAAGAUGCUCCUAUUCGUCGACGACGUGAACAUGCCGAUGCUGGAAAAAUACGGCGCGCAACCUCCCAUUGAGCUACUCCGCCAGGUGGUGGACUACCGCGGCUUCUACGAUCGCAAGAAACUAUUUUGGAAGGCUGUGGCGGACACGCAGCUCAUUGCUGCCUGUGGACCUCCAGGUGGCGGUCGCAUGGUGGUCACGCCCAGGUUCUUCCGGCACUUCAACAUGAUCUGGAUGACGGCCUUGCCGAAGGAUACAAUGAACAGAAUCCUCAGCUCAAUCCUGACUGGCUGGCUUAACGUGAACUGCCCCAGCGUUAAGCAAUUUGCCAGUCCGAUCGUCGGGGCGACCGUGGACAUGUUCUACGCCAUCGUAUCGGACCUGCUGCCUACGCCGCUGAAGUGCCACUACACCUUCAACUUGCGCGACCCCGCCAAGAUGAUACAGGGAAUGCUGAUGGUCUUCGUCGAGAACAGCCUCAGGGACAAGAAGGGCCUCGUCAAGCUCUGGCUGCACGAGACGUGCCGCUCGUUCCGCGAUCGCCUCGUGAGCCACGAAGACCGAGGCUGGUUCGACGACCAGCUGAUGGAGCACAUGGAGGCCCACCUUGGCGAGAGGUGGCAGGCGAGCGAGUUCACGGACCUCGUCUACGGCGACUUCUUCGACCGCGGCCAGAAGAUCUACAUCGAGGCGGAGUCGGACAAGCAGGUGCUGCACACGUUCGGCGACUACCUGGAGGAGUACAACUCCGUCAACCCCAGCAAGAUGAACCUCGUCUUCUUCAAGGACGCCCAGGCCCACCUGGCCCGGGCUGCGCGCGUGGUUCGGCAGCCGCGCGGCAACGCGCUGCUGGUGGGAGUGAGCGGCGUGGGCAGGAAAAGCAUCGCCCGCAUGGCCGCGCACAUGGCCGAGUACGCCUGCAGCUCGAUCGAGAUCACCCGCAACUACGGCACCAACGAGUUCCGGGACGAUAUCAAGGGGAUGAUGAUGGCGAUCGUCAAGAACAGCGGCAAGGGCAUGAUGUUCCUCUUCUCGGACACCCAGAUUGUCAAGGAGUCGUUCCUCGAGGACAUCAACAACGUCCUCAACACUGGCGAGGUGCCCAACCUCUUCCUGCCAGACGAGGUUGAGCAGGUGAUCGGCCUCACCCGUCCGCUGGCCAAAGCGGCUGGAAAAGUAGAUGCGCGCGAUGAGAUUUGGCAGCACUUCGUUCAGAUCAUCCGCGAGAGCUUCCACAUCGUGCUCGCCUUCUCCCCAGUCGGCGAGGGAUUCCGUGCACGCUGCAGGCAGUUCCCCAGUCUCAUUAAUUGUGCUACGAUCGACUGGUACGACCCAUGGCCAGAGGAUGCCCUCGUGUCCGUGGCGGACCGGUACUAUCGAGAGGCGCCGAAAGAGCUGGGCAUCGAGAAAAUGUUGGGGCAGUUGUCGCAGAUCUCCUGCACGAUCCACGCGAGUUCUUCGGAGGCAGCCGCCUCAUUCUCCGAGAAGUUGCGCAGGAAAACUUACAUGACUCCAACGUCCUACUUGGAGCUGAUUAAGAUUUUCACAGAACUGCUGGGCCUGAAGAUGGGGGAGCUAAACACCAAACUUAAUCGCUACAAGGUCGGAGCCGCAAAACUGGAGUACGCGAAGAAGAUCGUUGACCAGCUUCAGGUGGACCUCACGAAGCUCGCCCCGGAGAUCGAGCAGGGGAAGAAAGACACCGCCGAGCUCAUCAUCCAGGUCGACAAGGAGGAGGCGCAGGCCAAGGAGAAGGAGGCCUCCUGCAAGGUCGACGAGAAGGAAGCCGGAGACGCAGCGGCUGCCGCCAACGAAAUCAAGGCCGAUUGUCAGAAAGAACUUGACGAAGCUCUUCCGGAGUACUAUGCGGCACUGAAGUCUUUGGACACGCUGGACAAGAAAGACAUCAACGAGGUGAAGUCCUUCAAGACUCCCCCAGACGUGGUGGUCCUCGUCCUCAGCGCCGUGUGCCUGUUGAUGGGCAGGAAGGAGUCGUGGGACGAGGCGAAGAAGUUGAUGAAUGAGAGCUCGUUUUUGCAGCAGCUCCGCGAGUACGACAAAGACGCCUUGUCUGGAAACACCAAAUUGACCGGGAAGAUGCAAAAAUAUGUGAAGAACGAACAAUUCGUCCCCGAAGUCGUCCAGAGGGUGUCCACUGCUGCAUAUUCGCUCUGCAUGUGGGUGCGUGCUAUGGACACCUACGCACGCGUCGCGCGCUCCAUCGAGCCGAAGAAGGCGAAGCUGAAGAGUGCGGAGGACACCCUCGCGGAGGCCGAGAAGAAGCUGUCGGUGAAGAAGAAAGAGCUCCAGCUGGUGCAGGACAAGGUGGCUGCCUUGCAGCAGCAGCUGAAGCUCGCCAAGAGCAAGGCAGAGCAGCUGGAAGCCCAGGCCGAGGACUGCAAGGUGAAGCUGACGCGCGCGGAGAAGCUGCUGGCUGGCCUGGGCACCGAGUCCGUGCGCUGGGCGGUCAACAGCAAGGAGCUGGAGCAGAGUCUCAAGUCGAUUGUGGGCAAUAUCACUUUGGCGGCGGGCUUCAUUGCUUACGCCGGGCCGUUUACGGCCGAGUACCGCCACGAGCUCACGCAGCAGUGGCUGCACCGGGCCCAGGAGAUCCAGCUCGACACAGACCCCCACUGGGAGAUCGCGAAAGUGCUGCUAGACCAAGCAGAGGUGCGCCAGUGGAACAUCGCCUCGCUGCCAUCUGACGAGCUGUCUGUGCAGAACGGCGUGCUCGUGACGCGGGGUCGCCGGUGGCCGCUCAUGAUCGAUCCCCAGGGACAGGGCAACAGGUGGAUCAAGAGCAUGAAGAAGGACCUCAACCUCGGCGUGAUCAAGCUGUCCACCCCGAAUUUCUUGCGCACCUUGGAGUUGGGCAUCCGCGAGGGCUGGCCCAUCCUGCUCGAGAACGUGGAGGAGGUGCUCGACCCUGCGCUGGAGCCCGUGCUCCUGAAGCAGGUGUUCAAAAAGGGGGGACAGUGGCUGCUCAGGCUCGGCAGCGAGGACGUGCCGUACAGCUCGGACUUCCAGUUCUUCAUCACCACUAAGAUGGGCAACCCGCAUUACCUUCCAGAGAUCUGCAUUAAGGUCACCGUCAUCAAUUUCACUGUGACGCUGGCGGGCCUGGAGGACCAGCUGGUGGCGGACGUGGUGGCGAACGAGCGGCCAGACCUGUCCGAGCUCCGGGCGAGCCUUGUGGUGCAGAUCGCUGCGGACAAGGCUGAGAUGGACAAUCUCGAGCAGCUGACGCUGAAAUUGCUCGCGGAGACCAAGGACGACAAGCUACUCGCCGACGACAGCCUCAUACAGACUCUUGAAAAGUCCAAAGUCACUGGGGCCAGCUGCGAGCAGCGCAUGGAGUCGGCCGAGGUCAGCAUGAAAGAAAUCAACGGUGUGACGGAGAAGCUGAGGCCAGUGGCCGCGCGUGCGUCGAUCAUAUAUUUCGUGGUUGCUGACUUGGCGAGCAUCGAUCCGAUGUAUCAGUACAGCCUGCAAUUCUUUGGAGGCCUCUUCCAGCAGAAGUUGCAGUCAAGCGAGAAGAGCGACAACAUCGACACUCGCAUUCGCAUAUUGUUGGAUGAUUUCACAGAAUUCGCGUAUGUUAAAAUAUGCAUGGGCUUGUUCGAGGAUCACAAGCUCCUGUUCAGCUUUCUCGUGACUGCUCGCAUCUUGCGGCACCAGGUGCACGCAGGGUUCCUGAAGAAGCGGCCCGUGUCGCAGGACGAAUGGGCUUUCUUUUUACGCGGCGCGGAGGCUGGCCAGGGCAUUGUGCGAGCGAUAGAGCAGGAUCCGCCAUGUCCCACGUGGAUGGACAAGAAGGCGUGGAGGAAGCUGUGUGUCCUCGAGGAGCUGACCGUCGCGGGGGGCAGCGAGGCGUUCAAGGGGCUCACGAGCGAGGUGGCCGCAUCCACGGCGUGGCAGCAGUUCGUCACGAAGUGCGACGCGAUGCACGAGGAUGCUCUGCCGGAGGGCUGGGAGGGCCAGCUGACGCCCUUCCAGCGCCUGCUCCUGGUCAAGUCGCUGCGCGAGAACUCGCUGCAGCUGUGCGUGCGCAGGUUCGUGGGGCAGGAGCUGGGCAGCCUCUACACCGUGUCGCCGGCGUUCGACCUCCUGAGCUGCUUCCGGGACUCGCAGAAGACGACGCCCCUGAUCUUCGUCCUCUCGUCCGGCGCGGAUCCCACGGACGCGCUCGUGAAGUUCGCCCGGGACUUCGAGUACGAGGAGCGCCUGCACUUCAUCUCGCUGGGACAGGGCCAGGGCGGGAAGGCCGAGAGCCUGAUCAAGCACGGCCGAGAGAGCGGCGACUGGGUCUGCCUGCAGAAUUGCCACCUGGCUGCCAGUUGGAUGCCGGCGCUCGAGCGCAUCCAGGAGCAGCAAGACGCGGACGCCAUCGAUGACAUGUACCGUCUGUGGCUGACAGCCAUGCCCUCGCCGACCUUUCCGGUGCCUGUGCUGCAGAACGGCAUCAAGAUCACCAAUGAGCCACCGAAGGGUUUGCGGGCCAACCUCAGCCGCACGUUUCAGGAUAUCACUCCCGAGGUGUACGAGGGCUGCUCGAAAUCCCGGGAGUUCAAGAAGCUCCUCUUCGGCCUUGCUUUCUUCCACGCCGCCAUCCUGGAGCGGCGAAAGUUCGGCCCGAUCGGAUGGAACGUGCCCUACGAGUGGAUGGACAGCGACUUCCAAGUUUCGCGAGAGCAGGUUCAGAUGUACUUGGAGUCGCAGCCGGGCGUGCCGUGGAUCACCCUGACGUACAUCAUCGCGGAGGUGAACUACGGCGGCCGCGUGACGGACGACAAGGACGUACGGCUCAUCAGCGCCUUCCUCACCCGCUACUUCAACGAGGGCCUCCUGGAGGACGGCUACAAGCUCAGCCCGCUCGACGCCUACACCGCCCCGCCGGAGGGGUCCGUCGAGGAGGUGCGCAGGUUCGUGGCGAGCUUCCCGCUCGACGAGGACCCGCAGGUGUUCGGCCUGCACUCCAACGCGCAGAUCACCGCGCAGUCGGAGGAGGCCAAGAGGUUCCUGGACACGGUCGUCAGCGUGCAGCCCAGGGCGUCCUCGGGCGGCGUGGGGAAGAGCCCCGAGGAGCUGGUCGCCGAGAUGGCGGACGGCUUCUUCGCGCGCGCGCCCGAGCUCCUGCAGCGGAGAGACGCGCACCCGGAGACGUACGCCAAGACGGCGAGCGGGGGCAUCGUCUCCCAGGGGGUUUUCCACGGGCAGGAGCUGGACCGCUUCAAUGCCCUUAUCGCCAGGGUGAAGAGCACCCUGGUGAGUCUUGGCAAAGCCAUCAAGGGCCUUGUGGUGAUGUCCGCGGAGCUCGAGGAGAUGUACGGCUGCUUCCUGGUGCAGAAGCUGCCGCCCCUCUGGGGGGAGCCGAUCUCGUACCCGUGCCUGAAGCCCCUCAACUCCUGGUUUGCCGACUUCGAGGCGCGGGUCGCCUUCAUGCACGACUGGCUCGUGCAGGGGCCGCCGCCCAGCUUCUGGCUGCCCUGCUUCUUCUUCCCCCAGGGCUUCAUGACCUGCUCCAAGCAGGUGCACGCCCGCAAGACAAAGAUCCCCAUCGACCAGCUCGCGUUCUUCUCCGAGCCCACGGCGCUGCGGGGGAGGCCGGCGGGCGGCAGCGGUGCCGCCCCCGCCGCCCCGCCGCCCGAGAGCGGCGUGAACGUCCACGGGCUCUUCCUGCAGGGGGCCGGCUGGAGCGAGGCGGAGUCCGGCAUGUGCGAGUCGGAGAAGGCCGUCCUCUUCGCGGAGCUGCCGGUCAUCUGGCUGAAGGUCGUCAUGCACGACGAGUUCGCCGGGCUCCAGAAGGCGCGCGGCCGGUACAGUUGCCCGCUGUACAAGACGUCGCUGAGGAGAGGCACGCUGUCCACCACGGGUCAUUCCACGAACUUCGUGACCUACUUCCAGCUCCCCAGCAGGGAGGAGGACCAGGGCCACUGGGUGAGGCGGGGCGCCGCCCUGCUCUGCAUGCUGGACGACUGA